UUCAACUAUCUGGUUCUGUCAAAGCUCGUUGUGAUCGUGGUUUCUCUCACUUUAUUUAAGUUCUUAUAGUUUCGACGUUAUUCUAGCAGGCUGCUAUGUUUUAGUUCAUAUUCAGUGUUUAAAUGUUUCCAGGUGUUUUCUCAGGUGAAACAUUAAAUGAAACGUCGGACAGGUAUCUGUAGAUCAAGCCAACCAGGAAAUGGAUUCUCUGCUGACUGCGUCCCUUUGGGCUCUGCUGUCAGCCGUCUUCCUCCAGUUUGUCUCCACAGCUCAGGUCAACAUCACAGCUGAAGCUGGACAGGACCUCAUUCUGCCAUGUAGAGAUUCUGACAAAGGGACCAUAGUACUUUUAGAGUGGACCAGAACUGAUCUGGGAUUAGUUCUUCGGUUCAGAGAUGAGCAGAUUGACAAACUGCAUGAGUCUUUUGGGAACCGGUUGGAUCUGCAGGACACACAUAUGAAGGAUGGAGAUGUGUCUUUGGUUCUGAAGGACGCAAUGAUUGGUGAUACUGGAAAAUAUGAGUGUCAAACUGUUCAGAGAGGAAGAAACCCUGAGAAGAAACUCCUCAGCACCAUCAACCUGUAUGUAGCUCCUCCAGAACCGUUUCCAUCCUGGGCCACAGCUCUCCUGGUUCUGGUUCUGGUUCUGGUUGCCGCAGGUCUUUUAUAUCAUUUUCGGCACUGUUUCAUGUCAGUCCAACAGGUGGUGGAGGUGAAUUCAGGGGAGGAGUCUGUCCUGCUGCCCUGCAGAACCACAGUUACCCUGCCUGGAGAUGUUAGAGUGGAGUGGAGGGACAGGAAAAACAGGAGGGUCCAUGUGUAUGUGAACGGUUCUGAUCAUCCUGAAGAACUGGACAAGAGAUACAGAAACAGAACCAAGAUGAAUGAAGACCUGCUGAGAACUGGAGACCUCAGUCUGACUCUGAAACACCUCACUGAUAGAGACACUGACAUCUACACCUGCAGCAUCUUCAGUAGGGACGGAAACAUCCUGAUGAAGAAGCAAAUUGAUCUCCAGGUCAAAGUCCAUCAGGUGGAGGUGAAGGAGGGGGCGGAGUCUGUCCGGCUGCCAUUCAGAACAACACCUGAGCUGCCAGAAGGAGCUAGAGUGGUGUGGAUGGACAAAGAAGACAGGAAGGUCCAUGUGUAUAAGAAGGGUGAGAACAGUUCUGAUCAGCCUGAAGAACAGGACCAGUUCUACCUAAACAGAACCAAGAUGAUGAAUGAAGACCCGCUGAGAACUGGAGACCUCAGUCUGACUCUGAUGCGUCCCACAGAGGAAGACAGUGGAGUCUACUUCUGUAGAGUCUGGAUGGACAGCAGAUUAAUGAGAAGGAAAACAGUUUAUCUCACAGUCAAAGCAGGGAGAGAUCAGGACCAGAACCAACCAGAGGACAUCAGGACCAGAACCAGCUUCACUGACCCUACUCCUCUGAUGGCUGAUGAAUCAGUCUGAUCUGUUCCUUCAUCAAUGAUUUGUUCUUGAUCUAAUUGGACUUUUUGUUCUGAGAGAACAUCUCAGUGAAGGUUCUGAUGGAUGAAGAACAGAACCUGAAUCUGCAGCUGAUCUUUUUUAGGAUCCAGUUGAAGCUGCUUCCUCUUUGAUGCUGAAGGAGUAGUAAUGUGUUUAUCUCGUGCCCCUGCUCCCCUCUUCCUUUAAAGCUCACCUGGACAAUUAUUACCCAAACUUUUGUGACUCUCAGAACUUUUAUUAGUCCUUCACCACCUUUCAACUAUCAAAUCCUCCUAAAAUAGCUGAAAAACAUACGUCGGAGGCUGCCAUAAGAAAAGCUAAUCUGGUAGCAGCGUUAGCUUAGCAUAAAUCAGCCAUGAUCCUAGAACUCAGGAAGGAUUUUAAAGAGGUUAACGAUGACAAUGCAGAGCAUCUGCAGCAACAUCUGGAGAUGAUGAAGAGCUAUGAGGGGCUACGGUGGAGAACAGAGAAGCUAAGGGCUAAGCUAACCAUGGCCCAUCAUUAUCUGAGUAGUUGAGUCAAGUGAGCCAAAACGAGUUGGUCGGUGGAAUUGUGCCUGAAGCCUCAACUGUCUACAGAGAACCAGUCAGACUGGUUUCAGUCAACACAAUGUUUGCAUUUCUGCCCUACAGAAAAUGUGAAAGGAUACCCACAUGUUGUAAUAUUUUAUGAGUAGGGGACACUAGACGACAGUUUAAGAUGAUGUCAGUGAUGCAUUGUAUAUUAUUCCUACUGGUAAUUACUUUAUUUUUUACUAUGAUGAUUUUAUAUUUGAUGAUAUGGGGAUGGGGGACUUUUAAUAAUGAUAUUGCUUAAUUGUACCUUAUAUACCUUGAAACAUGUUGAUAAGCAAGAAGCCAUUGACUUGAGUUGUAUACAGUUUGGAAUUGUAUUGUCACGAAUCCAGAGACAGAGGACCCAGUAUUCAGCCAGACAAGAGAGGUAUAAGCAAAAAAAAAAAAAA